AUGCUCGGCUCAUCAGAGGAAACUCUCAGUUCUCCUCCUUCUCUUCAUUACUCUCCGUCUAUCGCAGAAUACGAUCGCGCCUCUACUCGGGAUACGACACCUGUCACCACCCCCCUCGGGUUUGGCGUACCGUCUCGCAGACCGGACAGGGAAAAGGACUUGGGUAGACCGUGGGCUGGAAAUUCACUGAACACCGACGACACUCAUUCACCUCAUCACGAUCAUCAAGAUUUUCGAACACAGCUCAAAGAGGACUUUGAUUUCCCGCUCUUUUCAUCCUCUCCCCUCACCUUCGGCAAGAUGACAGGAACAGCUGCUCCCAUCGAUAUCGCCACUCGCCAGACCUCAGUUUCUCCUCCGGGACAGCAGGCGUCAAAUCUUACGUCUGCCCUACAGAGAGCUGGAACUGGUGAGCGCACAGGUAGCAUUUCUCAUCCCAGCGGCAUCGGCAUCAAUGUCUUCAAGGCCCCGCCUCCCCGCAAGGACUCUCUCAGCGCAGCCUCCGCACAAUGGGGCAACGGAACGAAACCAAUCUCCAUGGCGGGGUCUAAUCGCGAUAAACCUCGUCGGGAGUCGCUCGCUGGAAGCUUGGUCGGUGGUAUGAGCUGGGGUGGUGUCUCUGUUGGAAGCUGGAUACGUGACGAUAUCAUUAUGACUGGAACCUCGCCUUUCGCUUUCGGACAGUCUCCCUCUUUCCAUUCCUCUUCCUAUUUGCCCAAACUGGAAGCCAACUUCAUGCGGGAUUUCUCCUGCUGUGGCAUCACUCUCCCCACUCUUCAUGAUCUGUUGCAGCACUACGAAGAGGCGCAUGCUACGAAGUCACCUCAACAGAGUCAUCGUCCAAGCCAGACUGAUGGACGAGCUGCGCUUGCUGCUGCCGCAAUGGCGCAGCAACAAAACCAACAAAUGAACAACCAAGGUCGAGGUCUACAAGCGGACAGAGGUGGGGAUAUGCAGCGAAAAUUGAGUCCGAACCCGCCGCUUCAGCCACACUCUGACCUCGACACUAUCGACGAUAUGGAGCUGGAUGACGCUAUGGGUGACAGCGAUCCGACAGCCUCACAAUUAUUCUCGCCCCAGACGCAGAACAACACGCAAAGUGGAUUCGGAAAUUCUAAUCAGAGAGGUCCCCAGCUCAAUCUGUCCAUGCUUCCAAGUCAUCAGGGCUUCAAAGGUUCUCAGCCUGGAACGCCAGUUCCGUCUGGCCAUCCACUUUCAUUGCAGAAUAAUCCUACAGUUUCCUCGGUUAACACACCAACGCUCAUGGCGAAUCCCCUCCAGAAUUCACAGUUCAGGAACACACCGGAUUCUUCGGCACCUGGGACUCCUGCAGAACUCGAUGAAAGCGUGAUCGGUGGUUUCGGCGACUUUGGUAUGCAGAACAAUGCUAUGCUACAGGGUCAAUCGCAGUUCAGAUUUGCCGGUAACAAUGACAUGGUGGACCUUUGCAUUGACGAACCGGCGAAGCGUCUCUUCAGCCCUACCGGAGGGAUCAAUACUUCCAAUGCGCACUUCAAGCUCAGUGGAGCGCAAUAUGGUCCUAACAGCGAAAUCGCUCGACGGAUACGGGAGCAACAGCUGCUGGCGGGUGUCCCCGACACCACAGUUUUGCUUCCCAACGAAGAGCCCAAGCCCUUCAGAUGCCCUGUCAUUGGAUGUGAGAAGGCGUACAAGAACCAGAACGGUCUCAAGUAUCACAAAGCUCAUGGUCACAACAAUCAACAAUUGCAUGAUAACGCAGAUGGUACUUUCUCAAUCGUGAACCCAGAGACAUCAACACCAUAUCCCGGGACCCUCGGUAUGGAAAAGGAGAAGCCGUACCGCUGCGAGGUUUGUGGGAAGCGUUACAAGAACUUGAACGGUCUCAAGUACCACAAAUCCCAUUCCCCGCCAUGCAACCCCGAUUUCCAGCUUGCUGCAGGUCGCAAUCUGGCAUUUGGUGGAGGUGUUAUGCAGGGGCAGAACAUCAAUGUGGCUGGGGCUGGCCUCCCCGGUAUCGGUGAAGAAGGUCUUCUAUGA